GGGAUAUAUAGGCCGCUUCCUUGGAGCUGCACGCAACAGUCAAGAUUGAGCACGAGUGUCGCAAGUUAGGACAAAGUCCCACCACUAGAGAUUUAUUUCUUUUUAGCUGGGUGCUUCUCGCUGAAGGGGACCAUGGUUAUGUUGAAGAUCUCCGCUUUCCUCGUUGCCUACGCCCUGGUCAUUUGCCAGAUGUACUGCUCACAAGCCGCCCCCGCCAGACCGGGUUUGGAGUCCAUGUCAGACCGCGUGAGGCUCACAGACUACGAGGCGCGAAGGUUACUCAACGCCAUCGUAAAGGAGUUUGUGCAGAUGACGGCCGAGGAGCAGCAGGCAACUGAAGGGAACAGCAGCGUUACAGCACAGAAGCGAGCCUGCAACACAGCCACCUGCGUCACCCACCGCCUGGCCGACUUCCUAAGCCGGUCGGGGGGGAUGGGCAACAGCAACUUUGUCCCCACCAACGUCGGCGCCAAAGCCUUCGGCCGGCGGAGGAGAAGCAUCGCAAUGUGAGCGCCCUGACGUCUUCGGGGGAAAACGGUUGACACAGCAAGAAAACAUCGGGGACGAAAAAAGGACAAAAAACACAAGAAGAACAACAAAAAAUGCAGCAGAAAAUCAACAGUAAACUGCCCCUUUAUAGACUCACUUAACAGCAUUCUUACGUUAAAAAAUAAAAAUAAAAACAAAAAAAAGUUGCCAUCUUGUCAGAGAACCUUUUUGCCUUUGGCAAACAGGUAAAAAAGAUUGAAAAAAAGCACUUUAGUUUCUGUACACAAACAAAUGACUUCAUUUCUUUUUUACAUUAAUGUCAUAGAAAAAAGAAGAAAAAAAACCCAAAAGUGGUCACCUCCUUACAUUUUGCUCCUUUGGCCUUGGCAGAGCACAUAACUCCGCCCCGUCCCUCGUCUCCGCCAUUUGUGGUCCCCUUUUCGUGUACCAUCAUAUGUCAACGCCAGCGGGACCCCGCCCCCACCAUUUAAAAUCAGCCUCCCCAGGACUGCCCCCUACCCCCACAACGGCUGUUGUCUUGUGCCUUGAUGUAGAACAAUUUACACGAUUGUACAGUUCUGUGAAGAAGAGCCGAGCGCGAAUGGAGAUAAUGGAUGAUGAAUAUUGUGAACAAUAUUGUGAAAAUAACAAAGUUUCAGCAAGAUUAAAAUGUAUUUUAGAUACACUCGGGUUUGGGGUACUUGUGUUGUUCUUCACAGGUUUUUAAGGGGGCGACGAGCUCGGCCGCACUCUGAGAGGCUACAUAAAUAUAUUUGUAUAUUUACAUAUUUUAAACAUUGUUGAUCAAUUAUAAGUGACAAAUGACAUCAUUAAAAUUCCACCGGAACAGAGUGAUUCAUGGUUUGGGUCGUGUGCACACAACAACACAUGCACACGCUCUGUUGGGAUGAUGGGAUAUGUUGAGAAAUAGCCAAAAAGAAAAUAAAAAACAAACUGCAUGGGUAAUUGCUGAAUAAAAGGCAGUCAAACCUGCAACGAGACUUGUUCUUUUGGAGCUCCAGAUGAUGGAAAUUAACUGGAUGUACUUAAAUGAGACAUUUUCAGAACCUCACGGUUGACCACGUGCUUUUUACCGCACAUAUCCAAUAGGUGGUGCCAUUUUUAGCAAUUUCAAAGUUUCAAUAGUGCUCCCAUCAAGACCUCCUGGCUGAUAACCGCCAGCACAUACAGUAAUGGAAAAAAUGAUUAGACCACCCUUAUAACAAUCCCAACAAAAAUAGCUUUUGGCAGUACAAUGCUAUAGCUA